AAAAUAAAUUCAGCAUCGAUGAGAUCCACGUGAAACCGGCAACGGAAGCUGGGGACAAUUUCGCGUCUAAAAUCUACCGGGUACAGGUCGAUGUGACAUUGCCUGAUGGAACGACCAAGAAGACCAUCUCGUUGAUUGUGAAGGCACUUAUUACGACGGGUCUAACCGAAGAGCUUCUGCAGCUGUUUAAAUUUGUUCCCCAAGGAAGUGGAAAUGUACACGAAGUUUCUGCCGGCUUUUGAGGAAAUGUACCACAGCAAAGGCCGGAAUGUGUCGUUCGGUCCCAAAUGUUUGCACCACACAUCCGAACCCACGGUGCUCGUAAUGGAAGAUUUGAGGGAUCAGGACUUCCGAAUGGCCAAUCGAAAGGAAGGCUUGGAUCGGAACCAUGCCGAGGUGGUUCUUCAACUAUUGGCUCAACUCCAUGCAGCUUCUGCCGUCUAUCGGGAAACUUCCGGGGAACCAUUCCCUGAAAUUUUCAAUCAUGGAAAUUAUAACGAGAACAUGAAACCCAUGAUGGAGCAACAGAUGAAAAGUGUGGGACCGUCGUUCGAUAAAAUUUUAAGAACUUGGCCCAAUGGUGAUUGGUACGCAGAUAUGAUGGAAGAUACGGCAGCGGCGAUGACAGAUGAGAUUAUUGCAAUCAUCAAAGCUCGGCCGGACGAAUUCAAUGUGCUCACCCAUGGAGACGCCUGGUGUAACAAUUUUCUGUUUCGGUACGAUCAAAACCAGGACUGGAAAACGUCUCUAGCCGAGAUAAAACUGAUUGAUUUCCAACUAUGCGUUUGGACAUCGCCUGUGAUCGAUCUUCUGUACUUCUUCUUCUCAUCGGUCAGCGCAAAAAUCCGUCUUCCACAGAUCGACAGCCUUAUUUGCUACUAUCAUGGACAACUGGUCGAUAGCCUCAAAUUCCUAGGCUACAGCAAACCCGCUCCAACGGUCAAAGAGCUACACCUCGAUUUCAUCGAUCGUAUCGCUUACGGACACAUGACAUGUUUCAGUAUACUGCCGAUCUGUUUGCUGGAGAAAACGGAGGACGCUUCGAUCGAAACGAUGAUGUCGGCAGAUGCUGGCGACGCUUUUCGCAGGAACAUGUACUGUAAUCCGACGUACGUGAAACAGAUGAGCGAACUGGUGCCGUACUUCUACGACCUGGGGGCGUUCGAUUUCAAACACUGUGGCUACCAAAAACCGUGUGGAAUCAGGAGUGAUUUCCUGAAUUUGCCUGGGUGGAUGAGGAAGGAAUUUUUCGGAGAGGUGAUUGAACGAAAGCUCGGGUUGGCAGCGGGUCAGUACGCGUUGAAAGACGGUUGGGCCGAAAUUGCCACCAGCAAAGGGGACAACUACGGAUCGAUCAUGUACCGCGUGAAGCUGGAUGUAGAGGAUAGAACUAGAAAUUCGACCAAUUCAUUCUCGGUCGUUGUGAAGACGCGUCCCACUGGAAUUGCGGCCGAACUGGCAGGGAGACAGUUCACCAAGGAAAUUGAAAUGUUUACUAAAUUUAUUCCUGCCUUCGAGAAAUUAUACCGUGAUAAGGGCGCCGACGUGAAGAUUGGACCGAAAUGCUACAAAGUUUGUCGAGAUGUUCCUAAUGACAUCAUGGUCAUGGAAGAUCUUCUGACGAAGAACUUCAAGCCUACAGCGAGAUCGGAAGGAAUCGGUCUGGAACAAGCGGAGCUCAUCUUGGUUAGACUAGCGGAGUUCCACGCGGCCUCGGCCGUUCAUCAUCAAAAGGAGGGUACUUUCCCAGAGGAGUUCAAAGAAGGCCUUUUCCGAAAAGAUAACGCAAAUCUAUUAGAAUUUAUGUUCGGACCAUGUUAUGAUGCAUGCAUUUCGGAAAUGGAAAAUCAGAGCUUUGGUACUAAGUACAUUGCUUCUCUCAAGAAGCUGAGACCGACUACCUUUACAGGAACUUAUGAAGCCACCGCUCUAGAUCCAGAGGCUUUCAACGUUUUAAACCACGGUGAUUUUUGGUGCAACAACAUGAUGUUCAAAUACGGUCCCGACGGACAGCUUCACGAUAGCAAAUUGGUAGAUUUCCAAAUGUGCUUCUACGGGUCACCAGUGCUUGAUCUGCAUUACGCUAUCUUCUCAUCGAUGCGCCCCGAAAUAAGGAUUUCCAAGAUGAACCACCUAAUACGAUUCUACCACGAAAAGUUGAUCGACAAUCUGGUGCUGCUCGACUACGGCAAACCUCUUCCAACGUUGAAGCAGCUUCAAAUCGACUUCUACGACCGAAUUUGUUAUGGUGCAGUGACGUGUUUCGGCAUCCUGGCCCUGCGUACGUUGGAUCCCGCCGAGGAGGUCAGUAUGGAAGCCAUAAGUCAGGAGACGGAGGCGGGUCGCCACUGUCGGAAGGUUAUGUACGGGAACGAACGGUACAUUCGGGAGAUGGAGCAACUGCUGCCGUUCCUCGAUGGGAAGGGGUAUUUCGACCCGGAAGCCCAACUCGUGCGGGUGGUGAAGAAAAAAUCGUCGUGUUGAUGCAUCUCUGGCAACGCGUAGAACUUCUGUGCUUCUAGUUUAAAGUAUUAUAAUUUAAUAAGUUUAAAUAUUCCAUUUAGGUUAUUUGCAUAAGAAUAUUGAAGGUGGUUAUGAACCAACUUUUUGUAAAAAAAAAUUCAAACUUUUUUCUGCUGUACCAACAUUUAUUUAAAAAAAAAACUAGCUACAUAAUAAAACAAUAAAAUAAAAAUUGGAAAAUAGUUUUCAGUUGUUUCAAUAUUUUUUAAAACUUUCAAUGCUAAUUACACUUUCCAGGUAAUAAUGGUAAUAUGUGAUUAAUAUGGACUUCCGAAGAAAAAUUUAGAGCUGGCGCAAAGUCAAUCAGGUGGGAUAUUUAACUUCAGGUAUUCUAG